AUGCUUCCCGGCCGCCGCCCGCUCCCCACCCGCCACCGGCCGCACCGUGGAAGCAGCUCCGGCUGCCGCAGGCCAGUGCCGAGGGCGCGCUCCGCAGCGCGGGUCUGGCGGGCGGGGCGGGAGCGAGGCGACUCGGCCGGAGCCCGGGCGGUGCGGCCGGCCGCGCGCAUCUCCCCCCGGACAGCCGCCGGCCCCGCCCCUGGAGUCGGUCCGGGCUGGGUCACCGCGCUCCUCGCCACGGCCGCGAGACCGCAGCCGCUUCAGUCAAAGGCGGCUCCGAGCGUUCGGCAGCCCGCCGGGGUCCUCAGGCCUGGCUCCCGGGGCUCCCGGGACUCCCAGGAUUCCCCCUCCCCCGGCCGCGCUCAGCCUGCUUCCCCUCCCCCCGCCCCGCCCACGGCCCCUCCCCGCCAGUCCCAGGUCCCUCCCCUCCCCCCUUAUCUCUCCCGCCCCCGCCUUCCCCCCUACUGCUCGUUCGCCAGUUCCGGUCACGUUGCUGGGUGUUUACGCCUGGAGCCCGCCCCGGACCCCCCCACGCCGCCCCGCGCACUCGGCGCCCGGGAGCCCCCCGGAGCCCGGGCCCGAUCGCCCGGCAGCCUCGCAGUAGCUGAUGGCGCCACAGCUCCGGCGGGCGCUGCGGAAACCCGGGCGCAGCUAGCGCGGGGAAGAACAGCGCCUCCCCGGACACAGCCUGGCCCGGACUCGGGGCCCCGCUGGCCCGUCGCUCCCUCAGGUCCCGAAGGUGGGGCCCAGGCCUGGGUUGCCAUGGACACCGUGUCCCUGGAGCAUCAGAUCCAGAGCGUGCAACGCCACAUCAGCUUCCUGAAAAAAGAGCAGAUGGCCCUGCUGCGAGACCUGCACCUGGAGAUCCUGAGGCUGCAGAAACGCUGCUCGGAACUGACCCAUGACCUGGAGGUGAGAGAGGCCCAAUCGCACCAGCAAGAGCUGGCGUCCCGGGAACUGGAGAGCAAGUGCCGCGCGCUGGAGUCGCAGCUAGCGGAGCGAGCAGCCGCCAACGCGGAGCUGCGGCGGGAGGUGGCGCAGCGCGAGGCGCUGGUGUCGGCGCUGCGCUGCAGCCUGCGCGCCGAGGAGCGCCGCUUCCUGGAGGAGCUGCGUCGCCGCAGCCACCGAGCCACCGUGCUGAGCACGGAGCUGCAGAAGCACACCGAGGCGGCCGCCUACCUCUCCUGCCAGCUGCAUGCGGCGCGCCAGAAACUGCAGACUCCGCGCCCGGGGCCCGGCGCCGCCGCCACCGCCGAGCCCCGGACCCGCCGGCGCACACAGCGGGCCCGCCGCCCGCCCGCCGCCGAGGCCGCCGCCAAGGGCCCCGGCCGGGACUGGGCCGCCUGGGAGCGUGCGGCCGGCGUCCCGGAAGACCUCGAUGCCAUGCCCGACCCCGCUCUCUUCCUCUACGCCCGGAGGCCCCAGCGGCCCGGCGGCCGCAGCCCGCGCCAGCUGCCUCCCCAGGAACCCCCGGACCAAGCCGGCUCGCCAGCCGCGCCCCGCCCGCCCAGUGCGCCCGCGGACCCGGAGUAGGCGCGGGGCGGGCGGGCGGGGAGCCGGAAAAGGCUGGCCCGGGUUUGACUCGGCUCGGGCCAGGGCGGAUAGGGUAGGGGCGGGUCCCUGGGGCCGAGAGAGCCAGUCCCUCCCCCCGGGAGCGGGCGGAGGUGGCCCCUGCUCCCCCGCGCGUCCCAGCCGCCCCCGCCUUUUGUAUUUCCCGAGGCUUUGAGCUGUCGCCGCAGCUUUGAGCUCUCCUCUCCCGCCGGAGAGCUCCUCCGCCGGGCCCAGCGAAGGCACUUUUUUUUCCUUGGAGAGGACUCACAGUACCGAUCCUCAUCUGGUCCCCACCCUGCCACUGGGAGGGGAUGGGGCGGGAGUCACGCCCUGACCCAGGAAAGUGACAAUCGUUUGGCCGUAGCGGGGAGGCCGGGCUGGCCUACGGAAAGGAACCAGAGUGGCCCUUAGCAUCCUUAGGCCUUCCAGCUCCCCGCUGCGGCCUCCCCCAGACCUGCACGGCCGCCCUUCCCUCCCAGCCUGCCUCCGAGGGGCGGUUCGGGCUGGGGGCUAAGAGGCUGGACCUUCUCCCUCACAUCCCCCCGCCCCCACCAACCUGCUAAUAGAUCCCUACAGGUUAGCACGGAACACUUUAGAAGACGCCUCCCCCACAGCCUCUGGUGGGGGGAGUGUGGACCUAAGGAAGUUUGAACUUCUGGAAAUUAGCACCCAUAGACCCUUAGAGAAGAUUACAGAAUGGGUUUGGUGGCAGAAAACUGUCUCCAAUUCUCAGUUCUUCCCGGGUAUGUAGACGCCAAGGACACGCCAGAGUCGGGCUGAUGGAAGGUUAAAAACUGUUUUCAGGAGGUAGCUGGGAACCUGAAGGCUGCCCUGGGAGUUUCCCUAGUCCUGUUUAUUGGUGCUAAUUUUGCCCAGCUUCCUAAUUAGCUGGUUGCACCCAGAGGCAGGAAGAGGGGCCCUGCUUCUUGGAAGUGGCAGCUGUUGAUAUAAGUUUGAGUGUGCUGGGGGCGGUGGGCGGGGGGAUGAGGGGAACGCAGGUUAGACCCCGGCCUCGCCCUCGCCAGGACUGCCCGCAUCCUAUCAGACCUGACAGCGGCCGGGUGUUCAGUGCCCUUUGUCUAGGUUAGGCAGUGGCAGACGAGAAGACUGCUGCCCCACCUCCUAACGCGCUUCUCCCCAGCUCCCCCUCACGACCAAAGGCGGGAAGUGCAGCUCCAGUCCGGUUCAUUGCUCGCACCUGAGUCCAGCCUGGAACGACAAAUCCCUAGAACCCUGUCGUCUCGUGCCAUCCCUCUUUUGUUGGUCGUGCAUCAAGUCCGAAGUGCCUGUGAGGUCUUCCAGGGGCCACCAAUGUAGGACAUGGGGCAGCAAGAGGCCUUGACCUCACUCACGAUGCCCCAUCCCAGCAGGUCCUGAUCCUCUGCCUGGGGCUGAGACUUCUGCUUGUUGCCCAGAGGUCUGGGAGGUCUCCAGGGGGUGAUGAACCCUUUUCCCAUCACGGCCCCAUGAAAAAAAGGGGAAAGAUUCCCAGUUACACCCCCUUUCACUGUAUACGUUAGAGGGAGCAGGACACCGGUGAGCAUACAAACGUGCAGCCCCCUCCCAGCUCAGGACUGCUGAGACCACUGAGCAAUAAGCAGGCCUGGUCUGUGUCCGCCACUGGGGAGCCCUGGGGACGGGCAGUGCUGUCCAGUCUAAAGGGCCUCGGGAGUGGCCUAGAGUCCUUCCUCUGCCUGCUCCCACCUCUCCGCUCCCCAGCCUCUGUGGUUGGACCUCUGCCCUCUGUCUCCCCUUAGGUGUGGGUGACUCACGACCCCUUGACCCUUGACCUGCUGCCUUCCUUUUCAGAACAUGUCUGAGGAGGCCUCUCUCUCUGCUCGGGGCUGUGCUCACUUGAAGGGGCCUAGGACCCUGGGAAGGAGGAGGGAAAGGGGGUCUUUCUGGAGGCACCCACCCAAACCCUCAUCUUCCACAACCAUACUUUCGGGGUGAACUGGGUGACUUUGUGAUGUCAGUUCUUCUACAGAGAUGGGGAAGUACUCUAUCCACCCGCCCACCCGCUAAAAGCCAUAGCUCCACCCAGCUGGCCUCCCCCGGCUCUAUAGCAAUAGCCCUCUUCCUCCUUCCUUCCUCUGUGCCCAGGGAGCCCGGCUGGGGGCCACCACAACACCCCCACCCCCACCAUCCUCCCUGGUGGCCUGCCCGCCUCUCCCCAGGUGAUGCAUCAGCGCGUCCCAUGCUGCUGCUCUUCCAGCAGUAGAGAUGACUCUUGUUCCUGAGCUACUUGGAGAUCCCUGCCCCCCGCCCCCAUUAAAGGUCUUGGAGUGCUGGGGUGGCUGACUCACUGACUCUCAGCUGAGGUGUGGGGGUGCCUGGGAAAGGAAAUAACGCACCCAUCCCUCCCCCCUCCACUCAGCAAGCUGGGGGAAGGUCCAAAGCAAAUACAGGGUUCCAAUUUUAACAGAAAUGCCCCCUCCCCAUCCCUCUCCUGGAAAUAAUAGAUGAGAAGCUUUCCUCCUCCAGAACCCCCAGGGCGCCAAAUAAAAUGAAUAAGACUGGGAAUCAGUGAUCUGCCCUUGGCCUCAGUGGCGGGGAACUCCCCAGCCUUGCCCUCAGCUUCUGGCCCUCCCACUCUUCUAGCCUGGGGGACCCACCCUGCCAAAGGAGAGACCCCCCUCCUCGAGCCUCUGACAAGUUUGGGUGACUAGAAAGGAUAUUGCCUUCCCUCUCCCUGCACCCCCCCACCUCUCCCCUCUUUGCUGCACGAAUCCCAUUGGGGGAGGGGUGUGUUGACACAGACACUCAGGGGCCCUAGUUGCAGCCAGGAGCUGCAGGUGGGGACCCCUCCCCAUUCUGGAAGCCAGCCUGGGACCUGUGGGCAAUACAGCCUGAGGUUUUGUGCCCCUGUCCCCGCUCACAAUGGCCUGCAAUUUGGGGGACCAGUCCGGGGCUGAAAUGGGGUAGCCCUUCCCCAAAACAUGCAGCAGACUACAGGUCCCCCUGAUGGAGCAAAAGGAGGUCAAGAAGGUGUGGAGCAGCACCUCCUCUUUGUGGGGAGCCAGGAUUCUCUAAGCAGUCUCGCUGAGCGGCCAGCCUUGAGUAGCGGACCUGUAAGGCUUCAGAAACACCUGGCAGGAGCCCCACAAGCACGGCAGAGGGAUCCUGCUCCAAGUUCUCUGUUGGCUGCGCUUUUUAAUCCAAUGCUUUUCAGAGUGUAUUCACUCACCUACAGAAAUAGAGCCCUGUGCUUUAGGGGUGACUGUCAUAUGCCUUAUUCUUAAUAAAAUACCUGAAAAACA